UCUGCCUCCCAAGCCCGAGCUCUUUCCACAGAGCCACGCUGAUCAGGAAAGAAUCUUGGAGCAGGAAAGUGUCUCCCAGUUCACCUGGUUCAGCCUUUCAUCUUCAGUUGCCCAGGGCAGGACCGAAUCCAGGUUGGAGCAAUCCACACAGAAAACAUCUCAGAGGUUGAACCAGCCCUUGGCCCUGACAGAGUGAAGCUUAGAUCAUCCUUCUCGUCAACCUCAGAUUGAGCAUAGAGCUUCUUUGGAGGACAAGAUGUCCCGGGAGAGCAGAGGUGAAUCCCAGCAGUCUCAGAGUGCUUCCCAAUCACAGAACGCCUCAAGCUCCUCUUCGAGCGCCACACAUACCUCCAGCCAGUCAUCCUACUCCAGCUCAGGGACCCUUAGCUCCUUAGACACGAUCCCUACGCAGGAUCUUCCUUCUAUUCCCGAGGACCAGGAACCAGAAGAGCCCGCCCCUGCGGCCUGGGGCCAGCUGUGGGCACUUCAAGAUGGCUUCUCCAACUUGGAAUGUGUGCUUGAUGACUACUGGUUUGGAAGAGAUAAAAGCUGUGACUACAGUUUUGAUAAGCCAGAGCUAAAUAGAACAGAGAAAUAUAAAACCUACAGCAAGAAGCACUUUAGGAUUUUCAGGGAAUUGGGACCCAAAAGUUCUUACAUCACCUACAUCGAGGAUCACAGUGGGAAUGGGACCUUUGUAAAUAAGGAGUGUGUUGGGAAAGGCAAACGUCUGGUGUUGAGUAACAAUUCUGAAAUUGCAUUGUCAUUACUGACUAAUAAAGUUUUUGUAUUUUUUGACCUGACUGUAGAUGAUCAAUCGAUCUACCCUAGUGAAUUCAGAGAAAAAUACAUCAUGUAUAAAACACUUGGAAGUGGUGCCUGUGGAGAGGUGAAACUGGCGUUUGAGAAGACAACGUGUAAGAAAGUAGCUGUGAAGAUAAUCAGUAAAAGGAAAUUCUCAUUCUGCUCUGUGAGGGAGGCAGAUCCAGCUCAAAGUGUGGAAACUGAAAUUGAAAUUUUGAAGAAAUUAAAUCACCCCUGCAUAGUCAAGAUUAAGAACUUUUUUGAAGCCGAAGAUUAUUUUAUUGUUUUGGAAUUGAUGGAAGGAGGAGAAUUGUUUGACAGAGUGGCAAGGAAAGGAGGACUAAAAGAAGCUACAUGCAAGCUAUAUUUUUAUCAGAUGCUACUGGCUGUGAAGUACCUACAUGAUAACGGUAUCAUACACCGAGACCUAAAGCCGGAAAAUGUGCUGCUGUCAUCUCACGAGGAGAAUUGUCUCAUAAAGAUUACCGAUUUUGGGCAAUCCAAGAUUCUCGGCGAGACUUCUCUUAUGAGAACAUUAUGUGGUACUCCCACCUAUCUAGCUCCUGAAGUUCUUAAUUCCUUUGGAACAGCUGGGUAUAAGUCUUCGGUGGACUGCUGGAGUUUGGGCGUCAUUCUCUUUGUUUGCCUAGGUGGAUAUCCACCAUUUGCCGAGCCAUCAAUUGCUAAACAUAAGACUCAAGUACCUCUGAAAGAUCAAAUCACAAGUGGGACACUGAACUUCAUUCCAAAGGCCUGGGCUCAUGUCUCAGAGAUGGCUGUGGAUCUCGUAAAGAAGUUGCUAGUGGUGGACCCAAAUGAACGCCUUACAACAGAAAAAGCCCUAGAGCAUCCCUGGCUUCAGGACGAAUCUAUGAAAAACACAUUUGAAAGGCUUCUAAUGCAACAAAAGGUGUCAAUAGCUCUUCCCCAGCACCCCAUACAGCCUUCUACAAGCAGAAAGCGUGCCUGGGAAGAAGAGGAAGAGCAACCUGGCACCUCAAAGUGUUCUGUUCCUUGUGCUUCAUUUCAGACAAUCCAAGUGCUAGAAAAGAGGCAGAGAAAAUGACUCUUUUUCUUGAGGCUUUUUUAUUUUUUAAAUAGAAAAAAUGUUUACCAAAUCAUUGAUGUACAAAUAAAAUUCAUGAAUGGAA